AUGGAUAUCAGCACAGGCUCCGGAGCAACAGAAAUGCCCAAUGUGUCGACAGGGUUGGACGUUCGAGGAACACCGUCCGACUUAAAUGACGGAAGGCCGCCGCCACAUCUCGCCAAAUAUUAUUACCAAAGACACAGGCUGUUUCACAAGUUUGACGAGGGGAUUGAGCUGGACGAAGAGAGCUGGUAUUCAGUGACCCCGGAAAAAAUCGCGCAGCAUAUCGCGGACCGUUUCGCGGGGAGGCAAGUUGUCCUUGACUUGUUCAGCGGAGCGGGAGGAAAUGCAAUUCAAUUUGCGCUGGCAGGAGCAUUUGUCAUCGGAGUAGAAAUUUCGAAGGAGAAGAUUUCUUUUGCUCGUAAUAACGCCGAUGUGUAUGGAGUUGCUCAGUAUAUUGAUUUUGUGCAAGCUGAUGUGUACGAGUUUGUUCCGGUUCUCGUGAACAGCAGUCCGCUUGUAAAUGGGAUAUUCUUAUCUCCUCCGUGGGGCGGGCCUGAUUACACUUCCGAAGAGAUUUUUAAUGUUUCUAUCUACUCUGAGAUUGUGAGACUCGCGAAAGAGGUAUGCGAAGAUGUCGGUAUUUUGCUACCAAAAACAGUAGAUUUAGAGAAUGUGAAGGAACAUUUCGGACAGUGUGAGCUAGAGCAUAAUUAUUUGGGAGACAAGCUAAAGACUGUCACCGUCUAUUUCGGUGCGCUAGUUUGCAAACCACAGGCAGGUUGUGACCCGAACCUUGGUGAUAUGUCAGACUGGCUUACUGAGUCGUAG